AACAACCCAACAUCCUGCAACCCUACAUCAUCCAAGACCCAACCAGCCUCACUGCCGAAAUCCAUAUGUCAUGUUGUGACCCUGUUGAACAAGAUAGGAGAGGCUAAGAAAUGGGGUAUGAGUAUGAGGAAAUUGGAAAACACAGUCCGCCGCUCAAGUGUCCUCCGGCGUCAUGUGCCGUCGUCAUUGCGAAACGUCGGUGUCGUCGACAUCAUUUCCAUCCGUCCAUCCAUCCAUAGUCACACCCCUGCCAAGCCAUCACCAAUGCAACGCCAAGGGGCGUUGAACAAAUCCCACAGCAUCGGGGAGAAGAGAAGGAGGUUGGGGGGGAGAGGUGUGUCGUGUAAACUUGCAUACAACGAACUGAAAAAUCAGCAGCAAGGGGCGAAGGUUGCCGAGGAUAAGGCAAAAAAAAAAGAAAAGAAAGGAACAAAGAAAACAGAGAGAGCUGAAAAGCCAAAACGGAGCAAAACAUGUGACGGGCAAAGAAACCCAAGAUACCCACGCCCAGUGUAUAAUCCUUCCUGUGAGGUGGUUGCAAAGCGAGUCAACCUGAACCCAAACAGAGCCUAAACCAGUCCCAAGCCAACAUCAACAACCAGGAAAACAACCGCCCCAAAACCAUUGAC